AAAAUCGGGAACCCGAGUAAAUUAUAAAGGCCAUCUCAACAACUUAUUACAUAUAUGGACAAAUAACUCUUAUCAUAUGAGCGUUACACUCUUUAACUUUCUUUGUCUCUAUUCCAAUCCAAUUCUCUCUCUAUAUACAAGUAAAGACAUCCUCGUAUACACAUAUUAACAUUCUCAUCAACAUUUCUUUCAAGUUCUAACAAAAGUUUGGUUUUUUUUUUUUCUUUCUUAUUAUCACUUCUUCACUCUCUUUCUCCAUAUAAUGAAGGGACGAAUGUUUUGCGCUUCGCAAGCAUCGACAGCCAUAUGUUCAAGCAUGGACCACGUUCACAAAUCAACCACCACCGACGAAGAUGAACGAAACAGCGGCCGAGCUAUAGACCGCCACAACCCGAUCAUUAAAGAUGGCCGAAGAUCAUUCGCUGACGACUUCAUUAAACUACCAACUUCCGCAGAAGACGGAGAGAUGAGUAACAAAAAGCUAGAGAUCUAUAAAGGCAGGAGAAGCAUCACUGGCAGGAGAAGCACGGGCGGUGGCGGUGGAGGCGGAGCAGCGGCGUUGUUGAAGCUGAUCACUAAUGACAUUGGCUUAGCAAGGAAGAGUUUCAGCUGUGUUGCGAGACCCGCAUGUGACUUAAUCAAAACCCCUGUGGGUUCUACAAGGUAUCUUUUGGGAUCGGACCCGGAUUCUAUUACGGGUUCUGUGGAUCAGGAUCCGGCUAAGACGGUAGAAGCUGAAGCUCCUGCUGGUGAAGACAAAACGUUGACAGAGAAGAAGACAACUUGUGGUGAUACAGACCAGCAGGUCGUUGUUCUUAAAGUGUCUCUCCACUGCAGAGGCUGUGAAGGCAAAGUUAGGAAACACUUGGCCAGAAUGCAAGGUGUAACAUCUUUCAACAUAGAUUUUGCUGCAAAGAAAGUGACUGUGACUGGAGAUAUCACUCCCUUGGAAAUAUUGGAUAGCAUUUCAAAGGUUAAAAAUGCCCAAUUUUGGACAAAUCCAACAAUCCCAAAGCCGAACGUGGAAACACAAAAUCCCUAAUAUAUCGGGAGUAUUCAAGAGUAUGUAUUUCAAGAAUAAAAUAGUGAUUUCAAGAAGUGUCUCUAUAUUUAUAUUUGGUUUAAUAACGUCAAAAUCUAUACUUGCUAAGAUUUGAUAUUAUUUUUGUUUCUUGUUUUAAUAGUUGGGCCUCAAAAUCUUAAAAUUAUCAAAGAUGAUUAGAUUAAAACAAUAGGAUGAAAGCGUCAUCUGGGAUCAUAAUGGGCCUUUUAUAUCCUUUUGUUAAGUUGGAUUUUAACGAUGCUAAAGGUGAAAAUCUUUCUACUACUUAAUGGUGUGUUUGUCUGCUACUCUUGUAAUUUGUUGGUCUGAAUUACAUCAGAUGAUAGCCUUGGUCUUACUGUUCAAGUUCUUUGUGUCCGACAGAGUCAUCUUCUUUGCUUGCGAGUCCAUUGACAUAUACUAAAACUCUUUCUUAAUUCCAGUUAUUUGUUUACUCUUUUCUAGAGCUCUUAGCUCCAGCUGCAAGACAACAAGAACAAGCGUUGUAAAAUCAUAUACUGGUGUCUUGUUAGUUUAA